AUGGCCAGACAGAGCUCCUCUUCCUCCUUUCCCGGCGAUUCAUCUAGUGAGCUGGGAGGAGAUGUAGAAAGGGAGAAUGCUGUCGAAUUCAAUUUCCGACAGGCCAGCCGGAGGAAAAAGCCUGAGCAGCCUGCUCCCCUAAAUGCGUCUAUCACCUUCCGGGAUGGAUCUUGUGUUCUUUCCUUACCUCCUGAAAUUGAAGGUCUGUUUUCUUUGUGUCCAUCCCCAACCCCAGCCGCAAUACCGGGGUCAGUAUUGGCACAAAUAAAACCAAUAGUCUGGGAUACUGACAACAUUGUCCAUGCACCCAAUGUCCCUCCAGUUUUGGUGAAAUUGAAACCAAAUGCUAUUCCUAUUCGUCAGCAGCAGUAUUCCUUGGCUCAUAAGGUAAGAUUGGGAUUACAACCCGUGAUUGAUCGCCUCUUGCGCUUGGGAAUAUUGGAGGAAUGUGAAUCUGCUUUCAGUACACCAAUAAUUGGGGUGCCUAAGAAAGAUGGUACCUAUAGAAUGGUCCAUGACCUCAGGAAGGUUAAUGAGGUAACGGAGGACUUGCAUCCUGUUGUCCCCAAUUAUUACACAUUGCUCACUUUGCUCCCCUCCUCCCAUGCCUACUUUUCUUGCCUUGACCUGAAGGAUGCAUUCUUUUCAGUGGCUUUGGCCCCGGAAUGUCGAUACAUUUUUGCUUUUGAAUGGACCUUUCCAGAUAAUCGUAAAAUUCAGAUUCACUGGUGCUCCUUACCACAAGGGUUCAAGAACAGCCCCACCUUGUUUGGGACUGCUCUUGAACGUCGCCUGCGUGAUUGGACUCCACCAGACGGAGUGCAUCUGCUACAAUAUGUUGACGAUUUACUUCUGUCUGCUGACACUGAAGAGGUUUGUCUUGCUGCUACUGUUGCCUUACUUAAUUUCUUAGCAGAUGAAGGUUUUCGGGUUUCCCGUUCAAAAGCACAAAUUGCCCAACAAGAAGUGAUUUAUCUUGGCUGCUUAUUGAAAAAGGGAACAAGAUCCCUCACAAGUGACCGGAAAGAAGCAAUAGCCAAAAUAAAUUUGCCUGAUACACGGAAAGAACUGAGAAAAUUCUUGGGCAUGGCAGGAUAUACUAGGAAUUGGAUUCCUGGUUAUGCUGCCAUGACUAAGCCCCUCUAUGAAAUGCUGACAGUAUUAGCCCUGUUGUCAAAGCAGCUGGAUUUAGUAGCACGGGGUUGGCCUGCCUGCCUCCGAGCAGUGGCGGCGGCGUGCCUCCUUGUGGAAGAUGCCUUGAAAUUCACCCUGGGAGGGAAGAUGACCGUCUUUGUUCCACAUGCUGUUUUACCUGUAUUGGAACAGAAGGGAUCCCUUUGGCUUACACAGCAGAGAAUGUCCAAGUAUCAGUCCAUUUUAAUAGACAGCCCUGGGGUAAAGUGUGCCACUUCAAAUAGGCUAAAUCCAGCUACUUUGCUGCCAACUGAUGAUGGUCCAUUGGAACAUGACUGUAUUGUUACAAUGGACAUUACCUAUGCUGCCAGGGCUGAUCUUCAAGACAUGCCCUUAGAAAAUCCUCAACUGGAGGUUUGGACGGAUGGGAGUAGUCAAAUGAUAGAGGGUAAACGGAUGACAGGAUGUGCAGUAGUCACCCAAACCACUACUUUAGAGGCUCUCCCCCUCCCUAGUCAAAUGUCUGCACAGGCAGCUGAACUAAUGGCCUUGCUCAGGGCUCUGCAUAUUGCUCAUGAAUUAAGCGUAAACAUCUAUACCGAUUCUCGGUAUGCCUUUGGUGUGGUUCACGCAUAUGCAGAACUCUGGCACCAGCGAGGUCUUCUAACGGCAGCAGGUGAUCAAAUAAAACAUGCUUCCCUUAUAUUACAGAUCCUUGCAGCUGUCCAUUUACCCCAGCAGGUGGCAGUGAUUCACUGCAAAGGACAUGCAGCAGGAGACUCUUUGAUAGCCAAGGGAAACAGACGGGCAGACGUGGCCGCCCGCUUGGUGGCCAGAACACGGAUACCUGUUCUAUAUCAUCCUGAUCAUUGGGAGCUUCAUGAAAAUCAGGAACCAUGGGAAUGUUAUAAUUCCAAUGUAUAUGGGUACUUAGUUAAUGAAUGGGGAGAACCAAUUAUGAAAAUGAAAGAGGGUUUUGAUAUGAUUUGCCCUCUCAUUCCUAUUAUACAUGACUUGGACCCCAUAUAUACUGCCCAGGAAAAUACUUUUGCUGAAAAGGAGGGAUUGUAUAAGAAUUCUAAUGGUUGGUGGGAAACUCCUCAAGGACCCCUAAAGAUUAGCCCCUUUGAGGUCCUGUUUGGCAGACCCUAUCCCCUUUCAAAACCAGAUACCUUUGAUACAGGGAUUGUGGGAGAUGUACUAACUGUCCAAUAUCUGUCUCGUUUAGCCAACUCAGUCUCGCAAUUACACCGAGAUCUUCUCGAGAUACGGCCAGCCGGACUUACUGCCCCGCUGCAUCCUUUUGAACCAGGCGAUUGGGUGUUCCUGAAGUCCUGGAAAAAGGAGCCUCUGACUCCAGUCUGGAAAGGUCCAUACCAGAUCCUGCUGACCACCUAUUCCUCGGCCAAGGUGCAGGGAGUAAAAGCCUGGGUGCAUUUUUCACGUUUGAAGCAAGCCGCACCUCCUCCUGUAACACAAGCCCGAGAAAAAGCAGUGGGAAGACCAGAAGUAUGGAGUUCAGAGCUUGGUCCUAAUUUGCAUUUGCGUUUUCGACGCCACCAGUCCAGUUGCCCGGAAUCCGUUGUUCCUGUUGGACCUGUUGUGCCUUCUGAUUCUGCAACUUGUUGUUCUUUCUGCCUGUGA